AUGUCCUUAAAUAACUUCUUUAAAAAGAAAUAGUAAUUAUAAAAAGAAAAGGAGGAGAGUGAAAAGUAUGAAACUUAAUAAAUAUUGCAGACAAUAAAAAAAAGUAGAAUAAGAAUAAAAGCGUAAUAUCCAAUCAGUGAAACUGAAAGCAAGAGCCUCUGAAAGAAUAGAAAAUUUUUAAGACACUAUGAUAUCCAAUUAAUUUGUUGAAACAAUGAAAAAUGGUUCUUAUCCUUUAUUGUGUGUAAGCAAACAUUCAUUUAGAGAUAGAGAAAAAGAAAAAGAAUUAGAUAAAUUAGGUGGUAUUUAUUUGAAAACGUAAUAUUUUAUAAUAAGAUUCCAUAGAUUUUAAUUAGCAAAAGAUAGAGCAUCAACAGCUUAAAAGGAAUUUUUUUAAAGUCAUCUUUCAACAGGAGAAUUUGAAUAAAAUCCUCCAAAUAAAAAUUAUCAAAGAUGGUUACGACCUCCUGAUUUAACAAAAUAAGAAAAACCUUUGAGAUUUGGAUUAGGAGAAAGAAGUGAAGUUUAAAGAUUAAAUAAAUAAAUUAAGAAUAUAAGUGCAUAAUUAGAUUUUGAAGUAUUUAUACAUUGUAUUUUAGAAUAAAGAUUUAAUUAUGUUAAAUUAUCCUAGUUGGAAAGAUGAUGAAAAAUCUAAAUGGUUGGAUAAUAAAACUUUUAAUAUAUAUCCAUGUCUAUAUGAAGGACCUAAAAGCUACUUUCCAUGGAAAUAACAUCCAAUUAAUUUAAAUAAUUAAAAUAACUAAUAUAUAGAAGGUUAUGAAAUUGUUGGAGAUCUUUCAAGAAAAAGAGAAAAAAAUUAAGAAGUAUUAUUUUAAAUUAUAUAUUAAAGCAUAAAAGAAGUGAGUUUAUUUCUACAGUUAAAGAGGAUUAAUUUGGAACAACUAUUCAUAUUUCUAGAUCCUUAAGAUCUAUGAAAUAAGAUAAAAUUUUAAAUAUGUAAUCUAAUUAUGAUGAAUAUUCCACAAAUAAGUAAAUAGAGUUCUAUAAAACUACCUUAUUAUAAACUAAAAGUAUAGAUCAUGUUACACCUCAUGAACAUAGUAAUAAGUAAUUUAAUAUACUAAAGUAGUUAUAAAGGUCAUUCUUUACAUAACUUAAGACCAUAAUAGCCAUAUAAACUUUAUAGACAAUCCAUUAAUUAUCUAAAUUAAAAAAUAGUCUCUAAAUAACCACCUGAAUAAUUAAUAUAAAGUUCAUCUAAAAUUUAAGAUGAUUAAGUGACAUCAUAAAUUCAAACUGCUGAAUUAUUCUUGCCUAAACAAAAGUUAACCUAAAUACAAGAAAUUCCUCAUGUGUAGAUUACAAGUUAGCAAUCUAAUAAACCAUUUAGUAGAGAUACUUUAAAUUCUCAAGGUGGAUCCAAGAGUAGAUUUAUGGAUUAAUAUAAUUCAAGGCGAUCGCAAUAAGUUGAGAUUAAAUUAGGUUAUCCUUAUAGAUUAGAGAAUGAUGAAACUACAGCUGAAAUUAUGGGAAAAUAUUUUAAUGAAGAAUAAUAAAAUUGA